CAACCCUGUUUAAUCCCCCCCCCUAAAGAGUCCUCCCCAAGCCAACAUGUUUCUCCCCUGCCCAACGUAUCGUUUAUCCCCAGUUAACGUGCAGAUUAACCCACCAAAUCCAAAAAAGUUGGCGUGGGAGAAUCGGCACGAUUCUCCCACGCCAACUUUUUUCCCCCAAUCAAUGUGCAGACUCACCCAAAAAAAAAAAAAAAAAAAAUCACCGUUUCUCCCCCAUCCAUGUUUUUCCCCCCUAAUCAACGUGCGAUUUCUUCCCCCAAAUCAUCUCGCCGUUUCUCCCCCAGGUCCGCCUCCACUACCACAAGCUGGGCAAACACCAGGGGAGCUUGUUCAUCCGGGUACAUGAGGACGACCCCAGGGGUAUGCAGGACCUCGUAUACAACCUCGACCAGAUCCACGGCGACAAGGGCGACCUCUGGCACCGAGCUUCCUACCCUCUGCCCGCAGGAGUCCACAAUACGUACAAGAUCGUGGUGAGCAACGUGAGGGGUUCCAGGUAUUAUGGUGACCUCGCCUUCGAUGAUUUCAGUCUUUCGCAGGAGUGUUUCGGAAAAGGCGUUCCUCCUGAAGCACUGAUUUGUCCUACACCGCCAGCAACAGACGAAGCACCAAUUCCGACCUUCACUACUUACACACCGCCAGAGGGAAAAGGGUCAUCGCCAAGGGAGCGAGCGGGGGCGCCGGCGUGCAGACGGAGGGCCUGUCCACCCAGGGCGCCGUGGCCAGGGGAACCUUCUUCUUUAAGGCCGACACCGAGCUCUAUAUCCUGGUGGGGCAGGAGGGCAUGUCUGCGUGCAAGAAGGACCAGGCCGUUCAUACGGCCGAGCAGCGCGACAUCUGCAACAAGAAGAGCCCCCCCGACCUCGACGGCUUCGACAACCCGAUCACCAAAAUCCGGUUGGCGUCCGUCUUCAACCAAGGGGGAGGAGGGGGAGGAGGGGGAGCCUCGUACGUCUUUAUGAUGGACCCAAUAACAGAAGCUCCCAAGCCCCUGGUCGUGGGUGGCGGUGGCGCUGGCUUGGCUUGGACCCCGGCUGAAAUCACGCCCCUCCAGCACGGGCGGCCAGUCAACAUCUCCCUGUAUGAAAGCCACGGCCACGCUUUCUAUAACAACACUGAGACAGGAGCUGGUCCCGGCGGCGGGUGGAUCGGCAACCGCAAGAGAGGCAUUGAAGGCCAGUCCCUCGUCCACGGGGGGAUGGGGGGAGACUCCUGCGUCCCUGCGGAUACGUGGAACACAUAUGGAGGAUUUGGGGGAGGCGGUGGAGGAUGCAUGGCCGGAGGAGGCGGAGGAGGAUAUACAGGUGGCAAUGCCUAUUCCGGGCCAUAUCGUCAUGGAGAAGGAGGUUACAGUUAUACUUCAGGAGAAUUUCAGCACGUCACUACUACACGUUACAAAGGACCUGGCGUUGUUUACAUAAUCCCCGCUGUUAGGGGUGACUGUGGCUGCGACUACAUGUGUGUCUACCUGGACGAGAACCUCAGGGAAAAGCAGUGCAUUUGUGCCGAAAAGUGGAUCCUAAGCACAAACAACUACACCUGCAUUUCGGAAACCAGCAGCCUCCUGUGGCACACAACUUACCCGAUCAUCAUCUGCCUCUUCAUCUUCGUGAUCGUCCUCAUCUCCACCACGUCGAUCUGCUGCUACAACCGUUACCAGCGCAAGAAGUUCGUCCUCAUGCGUCGCGAGUUCUCCCGAGGGCCCGACGACCAGCUGCACACGAUACGAGCCGAGUCGCGCCGCAUGGUCACCGAGUACAACCCCAACUACGAAUUUGGAGGAGGAACUUGUACCAUCAAGGACCUGAAGGAGAUUCCCAGGGAAAACCUCACCCUCGUCAAAGCUCUUGGCCAGGGAGCCUUCGGCGAGGUCUACCAAGGAUAUCUGAAAAACUAUGCCGGAGAUUCAGUGGAGAUGCCAGUGGCUGUUAAGACCCUGCCGGAGAUGUCGAGCAACCAAGCCGAGAUGGAUUUCCUGAUGGAGGCUCUCAUCAUGUCCAAGUUCGACCACCCCAACAUCGUCCACUUCAUCGGCGUGUGUUUCGACAAGCUGCCUCGCUUCAUCGUGCUGGAGCUCCUGUCGGGGGGAGAUCUCAAGAGCUUCCUGAGGGAGGCGAGACCGAAGCCGGAACGACUACUACCGCAAAGGAGGCAAGGCGAUGCUCCCUGUCAAGUGGAUGCCUCCGGAGGCUUUUCUCGACGGCAUCUUCACCUCCAAGACGGAUGUGUGGUGA